AUGGGCUUUAACCUUUACUUUAAUUUAACUGUUUCUCUCUCUUUCUCUCUCGCUUUCUCUCUCUCUCUCUCUCUACCAUUUGCCUUCUCUCUAUUACUUAAGUUUUGUGUUUCAAAUACACGUACCAAGAAUUUUUUUUUCUUUUUUCCUUUAUUUUUCUUUUUCCUUUAUAUUUUCUCUUCUUUUUCCUUUGUUUUUUCUUUUUCCUUUCAUUUUUCUUCUUUUCUCUUUUUCUUCUUUUUCUCUUUUUCUUCUUUUUCUCUUUUUUUUUUUCUUCUUCUUUUUUUUUUUUUCUUCUUCUUUUUCUCUUUUUCUUCUUCUUUUUUUCUUCUUCUUUUCCUCUUUUUCAUCUUCUUUUCCUCUUUUUCAUCUUUUCCUCUUUUUCAUCUUUUUUCUUUUUUCUUUUUCUCUUUUUUCUUCUUUUCUCUUUUUUCUUCUUCUUUUCCUCUUUUUCUUCUUUUCCUCUUUUUUCUUCUUCUUUUCCUCUUUUUCAUCUUUUCCUCUUUUUCUUCUUCAUCUUUUCCUCUUUUUCUUCAUCUUUUCCUCUUUUUCUUUUCUUCUUUUCCUCUUCUUUUCAUCUUUUUCUUUUCCUCUUUUCAUCUUCUUUUCCUCUUCAUCUUUUUCUUUUCUCUUUUUUCUUCUUCUUUUCUUCUCUUUUUUCUUCUUUUCCUCCUUUUCUUUUUCUUCUUCUUCUUUUCCUCCUUUUCUUCUUCUUCUUCUUUUCCUCCUUUUCUUCUUCUUCUUCUUUUCCUCCUUUUCUUCUUCUUUUCCUCCUUUUCUUCUUCUUCUUCUUUUCCUCCUUUUCUUCUUCUUCUUCUUUUCCUCUUUUUUCUUCUUCUUUUCCUCUUUUUUCUUCUUCUUAGCCUCUGUUUUAAUACCCCCCCCGCCUACUUGAAAUUCAAGCGAAUCGCAUUCACUGGUACCUGUCUGAUUGGAAACGAACGGCUUGUCAUUUUGAAAGUCUCUCUCACUGCUCCCUCUCUCAGUUUUGAAAGUCUCUCUCACUGCUCCUCUCUCAGUUUUGAAAAGUCUCUCUCCUGCUCCCUCUCUCAUUUUGAGUCUCUCUCACUGCUCCCUCUCUCAGUUUUGAAAGUCUCUCUCUCACUGCUCCCUCUCUCAGUUUUGAAAGUCUCUCUCACUGCUCCCUCUCUCAGUUUUGAAAGUCUCUCUCACUGCUCCCUCUCUCAGUUUUGA